AUGGGUGUGAUUGCCUACUCUACGCUUGGCACGCUCCUUGCUUUUGCGCUCUAUGGUGCUGGAUACCUAAUUUUGACUGGCUCGGGAGACCAGUUUGCCGUUGGCACUUUCCUAGAGCAAACGAGCCCGUACGUGUGGGCCAACACGGGUAUCGGCCUGUGUAUUGGUCUCAGCGUGAUUGGUGCUGCCUGGGGUAUUUUUAUAACUGGAUCAUCGAUCCUGGGUGCUGGUGUACGCGCGCCACGUAUCACGACCAAGAACUUGAUUAGCAUUAUUUUCUGUGAAGUUGUGGCCAUCUACGGUGUUAUCAUGGCCAUUGUGUUUUCUGCUAAAAUAUCAGGACGUCUCCAGGAUGGUGCCGAUGGUUUAUGGACGCCGCAAAACUACUUUACGGGCUACGCCUUGUUCUGGGGUGGUCUGACGGUGGGUCUAUGCAAUGUGGUAUGCGGUGUAUCGGUCGGUAUCACCGGUGCGAAUGCCGCGGUCGCUGAUGCAGCCGAUCCACAACUGUUUGUAAAGAUUCUUGUGGUUGAGGUAUUCAGCAGCAUUCUUGGGCUGUUUGGUUUGAUUGUUGGCCUCAUUAUGACAGGAUCCACCGAAGAGUUCAAGUAA